UGCACCACAGGGCAGUGGGCACAGCCCCAGGCUGAUGGAGUUCAAGAAACAUUUGGACACCUCUUUCAGAUAUAUUGUUUGAAUUUUGGGUGGCGCUUUGUGAAACCAGAAGUUGGACUUAAUGAUCCUUGAGGGUCCCUUCCAACUCAGUAUAUUUUUAUGACUGUAAGAUCCCCUGAAUGUUCUCUUCUCCAGGAUGAUCAAUCUCCUCCAAUCCCUUGAUCAUCUUGGUGGUCUUACACUGUUCCACUGUCUCCAGGUUUCUCUUGUACUGUGGGGCCCAGAACUGCACACUGUGCUCCAGGUGCAUCUUCAGCAAUGCUAAGUGUGAGGAUUAUCUCUCUUGACCUGCUGGCAAUACUUUGUCUAGAGCAGCCAAGAAUAGUGUUACCCUUCUUAAGACGAGGAUGCCCUGUCAACUCCUGUUCAACUUGGUGUUCACUGGAACCCUGGGCCUUUCUUUGUAGAGCUGCUUUCUAUCUGGGUGGCCCCCAGCAUGUCCUGGUGCCUCAGAUUGUUCCUCUCUAAGUUGACAGGACUUUGCACUUUUCCUUGAUGAACUUCUUGUGGUUCCUGUUCUCCAGCCUCUGGAUGGCAGCAUGACCCUCAGUGUAUCCAUGACUACUCCCACUUUUGUGUCAUCAAAUAAACUUGCUGUUGCACACUGCCCCAUCAUUCAGAUUGUUAAUGAAGGUGUUAAACUGGAUCAAACCUAGUACAGACACCUAGGGUACACUGCUGAUUUUGGUCUCCAGUUUGAUGUGACAGUCAUCAUCACCCUCUAGGCCUGGGUGUUCAGCCAGGUUUCAAUCCACCUCAAAUGGAGUUCAUACUGUACUUGCACAUUCAUGCUGUACCUUGGACAUGCCUAUAGUAGAUGCUUACAGAACAAAAAGAUUAAAGCAUAAAUUUCCUCUGAAGGCCUACUUCCCUCACCACUACCAGCCUCUUGUAAUAGCUCUACUAAGACGCCCUUUUGAAUUGCCAUCUACACACUGGCUGGAGCAUUUGAAACACAUUUCGGAUAUGCUCAAGUCUAUAGUAGAAGAUAUAAACAUUAGCUCUUCUGAUGACCUUUAUGAAAUCUGGUUUUUGGUUGCUUGUUUUGGAGACUGGGUGGAUAUUGCAGCAGAACAAUUAAUGAAAGCAGCUGUAGCUCCAGAUGCUUUGCUGUGGCUGUUGGCUUUUUACUACUGUCCUGAGAAUGAAAACCAACAAAGGACUCAAACAAUGGUAGAAUCUCGAGCAGUCUACAGUCAUCUAAUGAUGUUCUACAACCGUACUGUCCUUUCAUUUGGAGAGCUGCAGGCUUCUAUAAACAAUAUAGCAGAUACAGAACAAUAUCAUACCCAGUGUCUAGUAACACAUCUUCUUACCAACUUUUUACUCUUUUCUUCUGGAGGACACAUGAUUGCACAGGAAUGUAUUUCCCAUAUUACUGAGACAACUGACAUGAGCAAGGAAGUUUGUAGCCUUCUUAUCCGUACUGCAUACAGAAUUAAACAUAAUGGAGGAGAAAACCAAAGGACUGUGAAGCUGUUGAAUGAACUUCUUCAGAAACUAGCAUUGGAAGUUUAGGUUUUCAAUGUUGUCUCUAUCCAGUCAGUAAGUUAGAUCUUUAUUUGGGUGUCUGCCUUUCAUGAAAGUCUUGCACUGCAGGUUAGCAAGGGUAGAAGAAAAAUCUCUUUCUUGAGGUUAUCCCAUAACCUUUUCUCCCCCUGCGCUGUUUAAAAAUGUAAACUGUGAGGACAAAACAGAAUUAAAGAGGGUUGAAAACUUUGUUCUGAGCUCCUUCUUUUACAAAAGACCUAUGUCAUUUAAAGCAGUUUACUCAUCUCCUUGUUUAUCUGGCUGCAGAUCAGUUUUUCUCCCAAAUUACUCAUGGCUUUAUGAGAAAUUUUUAUCCAAUUGUUUGGUUGGUAAGUUGUUUCUAAAAUGUUUUGUUCUAUAAUUCUGCUUUUGUGUGGCUAAUGAUGAUCUCAAGUGAGAGUUAAUGAUUCAUGGUGAGUGCACUCCAUGUUCUCAGGAAAUCAACAGUGUUUCCUGAACUUGUUAAUUCUUUUUGAAAACAUUUCCAAAAUAAAGCUCCUUUCAUGUUUGUUAUAUGAUUAUUUAACACUGCUGCAGCUUUCACAGGACAAUGUUUUCUGCAAUGUAAAAUGCCAAUAGCUGGUCUCCAUCAGCAGAUGCGGCACAGAAGUUUCUGUCAGCCUAUUUUCUGUGAGGAAGUCUUUUUUUUCAUGCAGACAAAAUAGGGCAAGUUAUAGUUAUAUGGAAAUUCCUAUUUGAGGCCCAUAUUUCCUAAAAAGAGAGGAUUGUGGUUGCAAGUCAUCUCCUUCUUUUCUGUCUCCGGAGAUAUGGUUUCUUUGCUUACUUCUUUCUUUGUCUAAUAAGAAGAGUGUGGACAACGAGGAGUGCCUUCUUAUUUUUAUCCAAGAAGUUUUGUUCAGUCAUUUCUAGGUUAAUUAAAUAAAAUAAGCAUGAAGAACAGUUACAGUACAGCAUCUUUACUGAUUUCACAGAACCACACAAUUGCAGGAGUUGGAAGGGUUAUGUAUUACCUACCUAGCUUUUAUAUCAUCAUUUACUCUGUGUUAAAAGAUACCACUUGAAAUCCUUUGGGUCCCUUGCAAUGCAAAAUAUUCUGUGAUUCUGUGAAAUAGUAUUCUUGUAUAUGACAUCAAAAGUGUGUGUAUCUUAAAUUAGUACAGUUUUAUGAGUGUAACAUUUGUUUUUGAGCAAGGGAGAAGAAAAAUGAUGUUCUUAGUUUUCCUUGGCUACACAAGAAGUGGAAGUACAUUUUCUGUUAACUGUUGACUGAGUACUUACAAUUUUGUUCCUAAUGAGUCACAUCAGACUGAAUUACGGAAGUUACGUGCCCUAUUGGCAAAUUUGUUAAUGUAUUUGUGAUGUUUGAUUCUAGCCUAUGAAAAAAUAGUAAAAAAAAAUAUGUCUGUGAAGAACACUGCUUUUUGUGUUUUUGGAUUAAAAACAGUUCUCAGUGAAAAAAAAAUUAGAGAGUUAUCUUGCAUAUUUUUAGUUGGUACACAUAUCCAUAAAAUCAAAAUAAAGCAACCUAAUUUUCAA